CAAGGGAGACGAUUCCCGAUUAUUAGUCAUAGACAAAACAGUCUGAAAUACAAUAUAAAUAUAGAUCUAGUAGAAGUAUCGUAUCUAUCUAGAUCUAGAUUCUAGAUUAGAUUAUCAUCUAAAUCUAUAAAUCUAUACUAUAGUAUACAUCUAAUGAUUGCUCUCUAAUAAGUCAAGAUUUCUUUAGGUCUAUCCAGUUUUGAAGAAUGGAACUUUUAGACGAGUUCUAUAACAGCUCGCAAUAUAUUGAAACGGCAUCUGGCAACAAAGUAAGCAGACAGUCAGUUUUGUGUGGAAGUCAGAAUAUUGUUAUAAAUGGCAAGACUAUUGUGAUGACUGGUUGCGUUAUACGUGGAGAUUUAGCCAAUGUUCGUAUUGGUAGACACUGUGUUAUUGGACAGAAUGCUGUAAUUCGACCAGCUUUUAAGAAAUUCUCAAAAGGAGUAGCAUUUUUCCCCUUGAGCAUUGGUGAUCAUGUUCUAAUUGAGGAAGAUUCUGUUAUCAAUGCAGCACAAGUUGGUUCUUUUGUUCACAUUGGGAAAAACUGUGUCAUUGGUCGCAGGUCAGUGCUAAAAGAUUGUUGUGCAAUCGCUGAUAACACAGUUCUUCCUCCUGAAACCAUUGUUCCACCUUUUGCACUAUUUUCUGGUUCUCCAGGUAAAAUGGUGCAAGAUUUACCAGAUUGCACACAAGAUUUGAUGACCGAUAUAACUGUCAGUUACUAUCAACACUUUAAACCACAUGGCAAAGGAAAAUAAAAUAGUUUUUUAAAAAUAUUUGUCUAUUAAUAGCCAUCAUUUUUUACCUUAUUAUUUUGGGUUAAUCGCCUUCUUAUGUAGCACUGUGGAAAAAUAACCACUUUUUGUGAAGUAUAAUGCAUAGUACCGGUACUGCAUAUUUAGUUUUUGACAAAAAAGAGCCAGUUAUGAAAGGCAUUGUACAUCUUUUGAUAUUUUUCCCACAAUGCAAAUGCAAGGCUUUAAUGAAACCUUAUAUGAUAUAACUGAGCUUAUAACCUUUUUUUUUUUGUCUUUUAUUUGUUGCAAUAACAAAAAUUAUUGUGUCAGUCUAAGCUGUUGAUUUUUUUUUUUUAGUGUGCUUAAAAGCUGUCUAGUCAUUAGUUCAGUAUCAUUUCUGUGUUAGAAAUGAUGAAAUCUAACUUGUUUAGAAGUUGAAUAAUUAGGUAUUUACAAGCUUAGCCUCUAACACUUAUUUCCCACUGUCACCAUUUUUGUUUCAAAAUAAAUAUUGUUUUCAUUUUUUUUAGUCUACUAUUGGGUCUGUGUUAACAAAUGGGUUUUGUUUUAUGUGGGGUCUGGGUUGAUAAGAGUUAGAUUUACAUUAUUUAGAUAUGAGUGGUACUGGUUUAGUUUCAAUUGUUUUCCACAUCACAGCCAUUAAUGUUUUAGCUCUUUGUAUUGAGUGUAUAUAUAUAUAUAUAUUACUUUGUCAAUAUUUCUUGUACAAUAUAAUGUGAUGACUUUUAAUUUAUAAUUAUUUGAUUAUGUUAUAAUUUCAAACUAAUGUCUGGCUACUGAUCUGAGUCGCAGCACUGUCUUUAACUGUAAGGAAAUGAUCUGACUGUUUAGUCAAGUCUGAAACUGAUUUGACCCUCGUGGUCAGGGAGCUAGAAAAGAAAAAAAAGAUGAAAUAAAUCAUUUUCACCACC